AUGAAUUUCGACGACGAUGCCCCUCCAGAUCUAAUCGUGGUCGGUGGUGAGAUCCAGGAGUCAGAAGAGGGGCUAAGUAUAAAAGUGCCCAUUACCAUUGUUACAGGAUACCUCGGUGCCGGAAAGACGACAUUAUUGAACUACAUACUUACGGCUCAGCAUGGAAAAAAGAUUGCCGUUAUUAUGAAUGUAAUGCAACUCCGUCAUGAACCCCCCCCCCCCCUUGUCAUAUCUGAGAUGCUAACGUCGACCAGAGAUACCGGCGUUAAUGCGAUCGAGAGUUUGAUGGAAAAGAAGGGGGCUUUUGACUACAUUUUGCUUGAAACGACUGGGUUGGCAGACCCCGGCAACAUUGCACCUCUCUUCUGGGUCGACGAUGGCCUAGGCAGCACAAUCUAUCUCGACGGAGUGGUGACUCUAGUGGACGCAAAGAAUAUUCUAUACAGCCUUGACGACCCCAAGGGCAAGAUCGAGGACCAUAACGAGCAUGACCACCAUGGCCCUUUGAUGACGACCGCCCACGUGCAAAUCUCACACGCCGAUGUGGUUGUCCUGAACAAAGCCGACUUGGUAAGCGAGGAUGAUCUGAAGAGAGUCAGGGAACGCAUUGAGUCUAUCAACGGGGCCGCGAGGAUACACGUGACGGAAAAGAGCGUCGUUCCUCAGCUUGAGGGAUUCCUUCUGGACCUUCAUGCAUACGAUCAGUUCAACGUGGCCGAGGCCAAGAGCAAAGGCCAUAGCCAUCUGGAUCCUACGAUAUCAACAGUUUCCAUUCCCGUCCCACGCCUUCGCCCUGAGCAGCUAGAGGAUGUCGACCGAUGGCUACGAGCGGUUCUCUGGGAUCACAAGUUGCUGGGUGCGGAAAGUGCCGUGGAAUUUGAAAUUCACCGAUCAAAAGGCCGCCUCGCUUUUAUCAACGGUGAUGUGAAGCUAUUGCAGGGGGUAAGGGAGAUAUUCGAGCUCAUUGAUGCCCCCGACGGCGCGGAUAUUUCUUCGACUGAGGGAAAAAUCAUCCUGAUUGGUAGAGGGGUGAAAGACAUAGACUUUGAGUCGGAUUUUAGAAAAGUGUUGAAUUAA